AUGGAGGUUAAGACUCAAAAUAUUAGGAAGCUAGUCAACGUUUUUGAGCAGCGUAAGUCAACGGGAAGUGAAGUGAAGUACAUUCUUGGGCAGUGGUGUUGUCCACAUUUUCGAUUUAACCGUUUCUAUAAGAGUAAGGACACCUAGCCAUCAUAUGUGAUAGCGUCAAGGUAUAUUUAAACGAAAAGGUUAGCUUGUUUUUCAGUAAUUCUUAUUUAUCCAGAUAGUUUAUUUAAUUACUUUACAAUUAUUAUAUUAUCUGUUAUGACUGCUGUAACCUUUCCUCUCCACCCGCCUCGUUUAGCUUUUGCUAUUUGCGGGUGGAGAUGGCAAAAUGAUGUGCAUGAAAUAAAGUAUAGUGUGUGAGUGUAGGUGUCACUUGUGGUGAAACGCCCCUGCUUAUGCUCCCUAUUAACUUUUGGACGGUUUUGACUCCUUUACGGUGGCCAACUUGUAACGUACCUCAAUCAGACCUUGUGUAUAUAUUAAUUAGUUUCUAAUUACUUACAGAGGAAAUGAAAAGUUGCCUUGGACUUUCUCAGAAUGGUUUCACUUCUAAUGGCGUCUAUCACAUCAUCCCAGAUGGUUGUAAGCCAAUACAAGUGCUUUGUGACAUGACCACAGACGGUGGAGGUUGGACCGUGUUUCAGAGACGUUUAGACGGCUCGGUGGAUUUUCAGCUCGACUGGGAAUCCUACAAAAAUGGGUUUGGUGAUCUGAGCGGUGAGUUCUGGCUUGGAAACGACAAUCUUCACUGUUUGACAGCAGCCCAUGAUGUCAUGCUUAGAAUUGAUCUGGAGGACUUUGAUGGCAAAAUUUCGUAUGCUGAAUAUUCCACUUUUAAGGUCGCUGAUGGGGUGGAUAAAUACCGUAUUGCGGUUGGAGGGUACAAUGGCACAGCUGGUGACUCCAUGACAGAUAGCGCUAAGUUUCGACCUGCAAAGUAAGUAUUGAUUUUAGAUUGGUGAGACUUAGCACAGCACACUGUUGUUCUUGUUGUUCUUGUUGUUCUUCUCCUUCUUCUCCUUAAUCUCCUUCUAUUCUUUCUUCUUUUUAUUGUUAUUUUAUCACAAUUUUUUUUAAUAAAUCGUUAUUAUACUUUCCGCCACACGCACAACAGUUACAUAUUUUACCGUAACCAGUAACUAAAAUAAAAAUAAAAGGCUAAACAGAAAGCUACAACUGUACAGAACAGUCCAGUACGUAAAAACUGACAACUCUACAAAAAAAGAAGGAAAUUUAAGCAGGAGAGAUUGUCACCGAAAAAGGUGCUCUUAAGUAGGUUAAUUUUCUGGCAUUUAUCAAUUUGCCAUUGAGCUAAUACUUUUGUUGCUAGAUGACAGGAAUUGGAAGCUUUUCCUAACAUUUUGCAUUGCUUAUAAUAUUUCUAAGUUUGGAAAUUGGGAUCCAAAAGUUACGUUUUGACCAAUACUUUUGAAGGAGGUUUGUAAUCUUUGAAGACCAACUGCAAGCUGGAUAGGUUGAGUAUUACCUUGUGUUUAUCAUUAAACCAUCCGUAUCAUCUCUUGUGAAAGAGAGAGGCCACCAAAGCACUCCGGAAAAGCGUGUUGUAUACAAUCACGUGAUCUACAGUAGAUGCACUCCUCGUAAACAGAAAUUUUAAAUCUCUGUUGCUCCAUAUUUGGUUACUUAUACACGAUGUAGCAGUUUUAAGGAAAAUUUCUCAAUUUCUUGUCAAUAGAUAGCCGCGGUAUAUUUUUAAACAGUUCGUUCCAUAUACUCUUGAUGUUAACUAGUAUUAUGCUUUCACCACGUUUUUACGGUUGUGGGUGCUACAUCGCAUUUUUGAAAGCAAGAAUGUCUUCUUUUUCUUUAUUUUCUCUUUUAACUACCUGUUAAAUUUUGACGGAAACGUCUUUAUCCUGCACUUUGACUGUUCGCCCCAUGUAUGGGUCUGUUCGACCCAUGCAUGGGUCAGUUUGCCCCAUGUAUGGGUCUGUUUGCCCCAUGUAUGGGUCUGUUUGACCCAUGUAUGGGUCUGUUUGCCCCAUGUGUAAGUCUCUCCGCCCUUUUACUGGUCUGUUUGCCCCAUUUAUGAGAAUCCAAGACAGUCCUGGGUUCUGGAUUCCACGCUUUGCAUUCUUCGUGUUCUGAACAAAAAGUCUCAAAAACUAUGCCCUUUGGUCAGACUUUGGAAAGCACAGUUCAGUUCAUUUUCCUUCAGUUUAUUGUUUUGCCAUAAGUUGUACAAAAGCAAGGAAAUCUAAUUAUUUAAACCCUCAUGGCGAGGAAGCCCACGAGAAACCACUGGGCUUAUAAGGAAUGGGUUCCCUCAGUUAAACAAUAAGAACAAAAUAUUAUCAUAAUUACACAUGAAAAAAUCAACACAGAUCUAUAAAGUAUACAAGGAAGUGUACCCCCGGGGAGAUGCACUAUCGAUGGAUGCACCGAUAACGACUGUUCUCUAUUUCUUAUCAGCAACAUGCAAUUUUCAACCAAAGACGCUGAUAAUGACGAAUCCAGCGCAAACUGCGCGGAGACACAAAAAGGAGGAUGGUGGUAUAACGCCUGCAGUUGGGCAAAUCCUAAUGGCGUAUACUACAGUGGAAAAUACAGCAACCAAGACGCCGAUGGAAUAAAAUGGGUCACACUAAGAGGACAUAAGUACUCAUUCAAACGUACUGAGAUC